AUGGCCCUGACCGCUGGCUCCCGCGGGGGGCUCCCGCUCGUCCCCGCGCUGGCCCUUGUUGCCGUAAUCCUCUUCCUCCUCCUCGGUCCAGGCGUCGCGGAGGCGGCGCCGGAGCUGGUGUUCCACGUCGGCGGCCCGCGAGGGUGGCGCGUCCCCGACGCCGGCACCAGCUACGGCUGGUGGGCCAUGAACAACCGGUUCCACGUCGGCGACCACCUCUACUUCAAGUACGCGAACGACUCGGUGCUGGUGGUGGACCGGGAGGCCUUCGACGCCUGCAACGCCACGGAGCCGCUCGCCACGUUCGCCGACGGCGCCACCACAUUCCGCCUCGACCACCCGGGCUUCUUCUGCUUCAUCAGCGGCGAGCCCGGACACUGCGAGGAGGGACAGAGGCUCAUCGUGCGCGUCAUGGUGCACCCGGCGGCCGGGGCCACGUCCCCGGCAGCCGCGCCCGGCCCGGCCUCUGGACCGGCGACAUCUACACAACUGGGCCACGGCGGGUCUGGUGGUCGUCGCCCCUGGCCGUCCGGGUGGCCGGGCGCGUCCUCCAGCGCGGCCACCGUGGUUACUGCCAGCGUCGCCUUCGCCGUGGCAGCGGCAACGGUUGUCCUCAUCAGUCUCGUCUUGAUGCUUCAGUGA